ACCCUGCCGGCCACUCUCCUUUCUCGUCUCCUCCCCGGCGAAUUUGGAACGUCAUUGUUUGGUGAUCUGCAAUCCGCACCCACCUGCGCUCUCCUUUUGGAUGAAAUCCAAAUCCGUUUCCUUAUGCGGUUGAUACCUGUGUUGGAGAAGAUGGAAAAAUCGGAACAGGUUAUCCGACUUUGCGAACAUGCGCUGCAACUGAUCGAACGCGCCGUUCUCAGUGCAGUCUCCGAGGGCCUGCUUAGUUUUGAAGACUCAACUAAGUCACCGGUAGAUGCCACAGCCACUUCUGCCGCUGAUGGCGGAAAUCCAUUGUGUGCAGCCUCCGUGUGCACGAAGGAUGAGAGGGUGAUUGCUGCUACACGCAGCCUCGCUGAACUCACAGCAGCCCUGCACACACGCAUAUUCAAACACCAGCUGACACUUAGCAACACUGAACGCGCCUACGCCCUGGUCAUGAACAACCCUGACAAGUCGAGGUAUGUCCUCCACACGUGCCUUGCGCUAUCCUGA